AUGACAUCUACCAACGAUGUUGGACUUGCAUCUGAACGUAUUCAGAAUGCAACAGAAGUCGAUUUAAAUGAAGUUACUUGUUCAACUAUAUGUGAGAAUAUAUUAUGGAAACCGCUCUCAUGUCAACAGUGUGAAACUCAUUUCUGUUCGAUGUGUAUUCGACAGUGGUUAGAUAAACAUCCCAAUGAAUGUCCCAUGAGAUGUACUUCAUUUAUUGAACGACCAUGCUCCAAAUUUAUUGCUAGACAGUUAGCAAAAUUAAAAGUUGUUUGCAUUUAUCGAACGUAUGGUUGCCAGGAGGUUAUUCCAUACGAAGCACUUGAAAAACAUGAGAUAACAUGUGGAAAUCAACUUGUAACAUGUAUUCGCUGUCAGUUAGACGUACCCCGAAAAAAUCUCGCACAGCAUCAACCAGUAUGUCAACAGACCACGGCUAUGUCUUUAGAUCGAAAUAUGGUGCAUGUAACAUGUCAAAAUGAUUCCAAGAAAUCAAAUUCUGAGAUAGCUGCUUUGAAAGCAGAAGUGCAACUACUUCGCCAAGCACUAAUGGCUCGUGACAUCCUCGCUGAUAAUAAUAAAUUUCAUGGAAAAAAUGGAUGUGAAGAUUUUGAAGAAACACAAAUAUCUUCUCAAGUCAUCCAUGAACUAGCCAAACUACGCGUUCGUUGUGCGUAUGCUUCUAAUGGAUGUCGCGUACUUCUGUUCUAUUAUGAACUUGAACAACAUGAAAGAGUAUGUGAAUUCGAAAGUAUUCCAUGUGAAUUAUGUCAAUAUCCUUUAUCAAAACGGUCACCAAUGGCCGAGCAUACACGACGAGCAUGUUUCGAAUACAUGCGUAAUAAAAAUCCGUCAGGAAUUCAACAGCAACUUAUGAUACUUUACAAUGCUUUCGAAGAAUCACAAGCCGAAAAUCGUCGCCUUCAAUUGACUAUCACUCAAAUGCAAAAGGAAUUCAGAGACUUGAAUGCAGCAUGUGUUAGGAAGGACAGUAAAACAAGUAAAAAAUGA